AGGACUAUAUACGUGUAUCGUUAAAGAGGAACCCUAGCGCAGCAGCCCUUUGUUCCAACGCCGCAUAAUCAAGAGCGGGAGAGAAGAUGAAGUUUAAUAUUGCCAAUCCCACCACCGGGUGCCAGAAGAAACUCGAGAUUGAUGAUGAUCAAAAACUCCGUGCAUUCUACGACAAGAGGAUCUCACAGGAAGUCAACGGAGAUGCCCUUGGCGAGGAAUUCAAAGGCUAUGUUUUCAAAAUCAUGGGAGGAUGUGACAAACAAGGGUUUCCAAUGAAACAAGGAGUCUUAACUCCUGGCAGAGUUCGCCUUCUUCUUGUGAGAGGAACACCCUGCUUUCGUGGGUAUGGAAGAAGGAAUGGAGAAAGGAGAAGAAAGUCUGUACGUGGUUGUAUAGUGAGCCAAGAUCUUUCUGUUUUGAAUCUUGUCAUUGUCAAGAAGGGUGACAAUGAUCUUCCUGGAUUGACCGAUGUUGAAAAACCUAGAAUGAGAGGUCCAAAAAGGGCAUCAAAAAUCCGUAAACUUUUCAAUCUUUCAAAAGAAGAUGAUGUUAGGAAGUAUGUCAACACAUACAGAAGAACAUUUACAAACAAAGCCGGAAAGGAGGUUAGUAAAGCACCAAAGAUACAGAGAUUGGUGACUCCAUUGACAUUGCAAAGGAAACGAGCAAGAAUUGCAGAUAAAAAGAAGAGAGUUGCAAAAGCAAAAUCUGAGGCAGCUGAAUACCAGAAACUUCUUGCUUCCAGAUUGAAGGAGCAGAGAGAGAAGCGUAGUGAGAGCUUAGCAAAGAAGAGAUCCAGGCUUUCUGCUGCAUCUAAGCCUUCUGUUGCAGCAUAGGUUAAGGUUUGUGAUUUUGAUAACAUCAUUUGUUAUGAAGCAGUUUUGAGUGACAAGUUUAUUUGUUUUUUUUUUGUUGAGAUGGUUG